GAAGGAACAACUAAACAACCGGAAUAGCGUCAUUUUUUGGUGCCUACCACUCAUAUACCGCACGCUAACAGACUGUUUUCCCUCAUAAUUUAUUCCUCUCCCUCAAAAGAAAAUGCAAUUAUGCAGUGUGUGCAGCGAACGGACUCCAAAAUACCGAUGUCCAGCCUGCAAAAUAAGAUAUUGUUCACUUGGCUGUUACAAAAAGCAUAAAGAUACCUGCCUUCCUGUUGACAAGCCUGCCCCUUCAAAUCCUGAAACGGAGACUGCUGUGAGCACAGAGCCUUGGAGUGUUGAUGAUCUUCUGCAUGAAGAUGACAUCACUGACAAAGUUCCUCUGCAGAGGCUCCAGAUGUUAGGCCAGUCAAAAGAGCUAAAGGACCUUCUCUGUAACCCUCAUCUGAGGCAGUUAUUGUGCUCUAUAGAUGGUGCAGAGCGUAAAGAGGAUGCAAUGAAAUCAGCCAUGCAGGAGCCGCUGUUUAUGGAAUUUUCUGAUCAGUGCUUGAAAAUUGUAGAAAAUGAUGCAAAAUCAAGUGAAGAUGCCAACUUGUAAAAUCAAAUAUAUUUUUAUAGUGUUGUUGCUGCAGUUUGUGUUGUGACUUCAAACUACAGUAUGUAUAUAAUGUUCAAAUAAAAGCCACAACUUUUUCAAACUGUAAAAAUUCCCAGAGUUACCAUUAACAAGACUUCACAUGUAAAGACUUCAAGGGGAAAGUAAUGAUUGGAAAUCCAAACAUUUUAAAACUGACAUUUAUUUCAACAAAAACAUUUAAACAUACAAGUCAAGUUUGUAUCCAUGGAUACCGUGGUACUACUGACAGAAACAGAAGAAAAUAAGAAUAAAACAGUUAAAAUACACAAAUUCCAUAUUAUAACUUCUGAUAAUAACCUGGACACGUUUACAUAUCUAAGUCAUGGAAAUGUGUGUGGAUAAAACGGAAAAAAGGAAAUCUCUUGAAGUUAAAAGUGUGGAGUGAGAGGCUCCAAUGAUUUCUAUGAUUGUUGCUAAUGUGUUUGUUCAAAGUUUAAAUAUCAAAGCUGAUCGUGAUAAGAAAAAUCAAGUUUAUCAUACACAAAUACUGUAGUGUAAAAAGA